AUGAUGAACGUCGAAGUUCCAACGGUUUCGUCCAAAGGCGUCAAAAAUUCAGAUAAUCAUUUAGUGGAAAACGUUCAGUUAGAGAAAGUUCCCACUGGAAAUAAUAGAAUAGAAAACAACGUGGCUCUCACAAGAGGUGUAGAUAAUGUUACAGAAAAUAGAUGUCUUAAAAACGAUUGGUCGUAUGAAGUAGUGCCAUUAGAAGAAAUAAAUGUCACUACAAACUUUGAUAUAAGCAUAACUGAUUUUGACUCAAUAAACUCCAUUGGUCCAAAUACUUCGCGUAUUGAGAGCGCAGAUUUUCAAGAUGAUAAAGUUAUGGAGCAGUCGGAACAGUUUCACCCUGCUCAUCCGUUAGACCAAAUAGCUAUUGUUGUGAAAUCUGCAGAAGAUUUAGAUAACCCCGUCGAGGACCCGGAUUUUGAAACUGAAGAUGUACAGACUGAAGAAGCAGAAGACCUAGAUGACUCUAUGAGUGAUCCAGACUAUGAACCUGACGAUGUAGAGAUUGAAGAAAAUGAAUAUGCAGAAAAUGAGGAAGCGAAAAACAAUGAUGAACCAAAUGGGAGAAGCAAAGGAAGAAAGAGGAAAAAUCCUAAAAUGUGGAAAAAGACCAUUCGGAAAACCAAACGGUUACUUGGUGAAGAGUAUACCGAUACACUAGGUCGAGUUCAACCCAGAAAAGUUCCAAAGGAAAGUUGCAGCUGCAUUUUAAAAUGCAAUGAAAGGCUUAGCGACUUAGCUAGGAAUACUAUUUGCCAAAAUUUUUGGAAUUUGGGAAGCCUAGAGAGGCAACACGACUUUUUAAUCAGAUGCGUAACUAAAACAGCAGCUGCUUGCCCUAGAAAAGAACAUUCUAGGCGAAAAUUUACUUUGAAAUACACACUUCCAUUCGAAUCAGCUGAUAUGCCUGUCUGCAAAGUAAUGUUUUUGAAUACAUUAAAUAUUUCUGAUAAAAAAAUUAGAGUUGCCUUGGCUAAGAGCGGUAGAUCAACUAUUAGAGCGCCAAGCCCAGAUAAACGAGGCAGACAUGUACCGUCUAAUAAGCUUCCAGAGGAUGUCAUUAUGGCUAUGAAUAAUCACAUUGACUCGUUUCCCAGAGUUCCAUCUCACUGGUGUAGACGAGAUACUAGCAAAGAAUACUUGGAAGCAAACUUAAAUAAAGAGAUAAUGUAUAAAUUAUACCUAGAAUAUUGUCAGGAAACGCAGAAUAAACCCGUUUCGAAAACAAUAUACAAAGAAGCGAUUAUAAAGAAAAACAUUGGUUUCUAUCAUCCAAGAAAGGACCAGUGCUGGUGCUAUAACUUUAAUGAUGAUGACACAGCCGAAGGUAAUGUUACAGGAAGGACCAAAGAAGAGUAUGACCUUCACGUUAAAAGAAAGAAUGCAGCAGAUGAACAUAGGAAAGCCGAUAAAACAGCUGCCCAAGAAGAUAAAUCUAUUGUUUGCGCAAACUUUGACCUAGAAGCUGUCCUAAAUUGUCCUAUUUUUUUUGGGAAACCAGUUUUUUAUAAACGCAAACUUGCUGUGUUUAAUCUCACGGUUUAUGAGGUAGCUUCCAAGCAAGGACAUGCUUUUCUAUGGGACGAAAUAAAUGGUCAAAGAGGGAGUAAUGAGAUAGCAACUUGCGUAUCAAGAUUCAUUUUAUCUACUCUUCCCAAAGAAACCAAACAUCUACGAUUGUAUUCGGACUCAUGCCCCGGCCAAAAUAAAAAUGCAAUAAUGGCUUGUAUGUUGCAAUAUUCACUAUCGAAGCAUGAUGGAUUGGAAACAAUUCAAAUGAAUUUUCUUGAGCCAGGACACACACACAUGGAGUGUGAUUCAAUGCACUCCGCUAUAGAAAAGGCUAGCGAGUACGCAAAAAUUUAUGUGCCCAAUGAUUGGGAGAAUGUGGUGAGAAUGGCCAAGAAACGGGGGUUGCCGUAUAAAGUAAAUCGCUUGACAUUCAACGACUUUCUGGAUUUCAAAAGCUUUAAAACCUCGCAAAUGCCUAAUGUUCACAAGGCUACCGAUUCGACGAUUUUGAAUUGGAAGGAUGUUAGAUGUUUACUCUUUGAAAAAGAUUUGCAGAAUUCAAUGUUCGUCAAGUGCGAAUACUGGGAUGAGUAUAAAGAAAUCCAUACUAACUUAAGACGAGGAAGACGUUCUUCUAUUAUUUCGCAACCACAAAAUGCUUACAAAGAGAAAAUUCCGAUAUCUAAAAAAAAGUAUGAAGAUUUAAUGGCAUUAUGCAAAGACAAUACUAUUAUAUCGGAAUACCACGAUUUUUAUAAAAAUCUCCCAGCCAUUCAAAAUGAAAGUAGGAAUGACGAUACAGAUGACGAUGACGAGCUGAGUUUACAAGCAAUGCGGGAGAAAAUUUUGUCUAAGCGGCGAAAAUGAAAAGUCCCAAUAUUUACACGUUUUCAGUUCAUCGAAAUUAAGUUUUCAAAUAGAAUUUGUCUUUUUUCGUUUUUUUUUUAAUAAACUUGUUCUUACUUUUGCGUAUAAGCCUUUGAUUUUUCCAUUAUGCACUAAUAAAUCAACAAACCAGAAGGGCGUAUAAACAUAUUUUAUUUUUUUACGGUUUCUUUUGACCAAAUUCAUCAAGUAAAUAAUAAUAUCCGAAACAUACGCCUACAAAUAUUAAUUUUUGAUGAUAAAUAAUGUGGAAAAAAAUUCCACCGAUUUUU